AUGAUAACAAAAAGAGAAGAUGAAAUUGUACUGCCUCCCAAUGAGGUAGCCAAUAUUAAUAUCUAUUCAAUUCAGAAAAAAGCUAAAAUAAAUAUUACUUUAAUUUAUGGAUCUGAAAAUAUUACUAGCUAUAAUGCAGGAAAAACUUUUUUAAAUGAAUUAAUAAAUUUUUUUAAUGAUAUACUAAAUAAUUUUAAUAUCAUAAAUACAAUAACUAAAGGAGAUAAAAAAAAUGACAGAAAUUUUGAAGGAUCUAUAAGUAAUGAAAUAAAUAAUAUAGAAGAUUAUAUGUUUAAAUAUUUUCGAUCUAAAUUAUUAAAAAAAAAUAAAGACGGAAAUUCUGAAAAAAAUUGGAAAAAUGAAUCGGCAAAAUUGAAAAACGAAUCGGCAAAAUUGAAAAACGAAGCAAAAGAUAAUUUUGACAAUUUAAAAAAAUAUGAAAAAAAUAUAAUUAAAUGUGGUAAUACACAUUUUAAUAAUUAUUUAAAUUGUUCUAUAAAAAAUAAUGUUAGUGAAAUUAAUUUUAGCUUAGUUAAUGGUAACGAAUUUGAUAGUUAUACUUUUUUUGAAAAUAGUGAAAAUAAUGAUUUAAAUUUUUUAUUUAUGUUUAUUAGUACAUAUAAUUUUGGAGCAUUUCCAGCAAAUUGUUAUAAAUUAGAAGAUGUUCUAACUGAUUUAAUUAAUGAUUUUAGAAUCGAAAAAAAUUAUUUAAAAAAUAUUUUUUAUAGUUGUGUUGGUUUUGGAAAUAAAGAAUAUGGAAAUACAUAUUUCUGUACUCCUAUUAAAAAAUGUGAUAAAUUUUUAUCAUCAUUAGGAGCAAAUAAAUUAGAAAAAACUAUAAAAUUAUGUUCAACUAUGGAUAAUGAAGAAGAAAUUAUACAAUGGAAAUCUAAUUUAUUAACAAAAAUAUGUCUAUCUCUUUUUUUAUAUAAUUUUAAUUACACUAAAUUUAGUAAUAACUUUUUUCAUUACUCAAAUAGAAAAAAUUAUAACACUUUGAAAUAUUAUUGUACAUAUUUUUGUAAAAAAAAUGAGGAUGUAAAAAAUAGGAUCAUUAAUGAUAAGCAAAAUGAGCAAACAACCAAUUUAUUAAACAAUAAUAAUAUUAAAAAAGGUGACAGUAUAAAUAAUGACCAAAAUAAAUUAAUUAAUAAUAUCAAUGGUCAUAUUUCACUUUUUACAUCUAACAUAGAUGGAAAUAGUGAUGAAAAAUGUGGAUGCACUUCUAACAAUUGUUUAAAUGGAAAUGAUAAAUAUAUUAACAAAAAAAAAAUCAUAAAUAAUAAUUUUGAAACACCAAUUGUAAACGAAUGCUGUAAAAAAGAAUAUGAUAAAAAUGAUGAAUUAAUUAAUAGUGAUUUUAACAGUGAAUCUAUGAGUGAAAAUAAUGAUGAAAUAAAUUGUAAUAGUUCCGAAGAAUUAGAAGAUUUAUUAUCAAAUAAAAUAAAAGAUAUGUUAACAGAUAAUCAAAGAACAAAAUUAACAAAAGAAGGAUAUAAAAUAAUUGGGUCGCAUAGUGCAGUAAAAUUAUGUAGAUGGACAAAAUCACAAUUAAGAGGUCGAGGAGGCUGUUAUAAACAUACAUUUUAUGGAAUCAAUUCAUAUCAAUGUAUGGAAGCUACGCCUAGUUUAGCUUGUGCAAAUAAAUGUGUUUUUUGUUGGAGACAUCAUAAAAAUCCAGUUGGAACAAAAUGGAGAUGGAAUAAAGAUGAAGCAGAUUUUAUAGUUAGUGAAGCAGUUAAAAAACAUAAAAAUAUGAUAAAAGAAUUAAAAGGAGUUCAAAAUGUAAUUAAUGAGAGAUUUGAAAAUGCUAAAAAUAUUAAACAUUGUGCAUUAUCACUUGUAGGAGAACCUAUUAUGUAUCCAGAUAUUAAUAAUUUAAUAGAUGAAUUACAUAAAAAAAAUAUUUCUACAUUUUUAGUAACAAAUGCGCAAUUUCCAAAUGAAUUAAAAAAAUUAAAAAAAGUUACACAACUUUAUAUUUCUAUUGAUGCACCAAAUAAAGAAGCUUUAAAAAAUAUUGAUAGACCAUUAUUUAAAGAUUAUUGGGAUAGAUAUCUUAAAUGUAUUAAAGUUUUAAAGGAAAAAAAAGAAAGAACUGUAUUUCGAUUUACAUUAGUAAAAGAAUAUAACAUGAUGUCUGAUGAAAUUUCAAGUUAUGCUAAAUUAAUUGAAUAUGGAUAUCCUGAUUUUAUUGAAAUAAAAGCUGUUACAUAUUGUGGAUCAUCUGAAGGAUAUCAAUUAACAAUGAAAAAUAUACCUUGGCACGAAGAAGUUUACCAAUUUGCAUUUCAUUUAAUAAAUUCGAAGCGUUCUAUUUCUGAUAUAUAUGAAAUUUCAUGUGAACAUAAACAUUCAUGUAGUAUUUUAAUAGCUAAAAAAAUUUUUAAAAUUAAUAAUAAAUGGCAUACUUGGAUAAAUUAUGAAAAAUUUCAAUCACUUGUUAAACAAAAUGCAAAUUUUACUGCUAUAGAUUAUUGUGAGGAAACACCAGAAUGGGCUGUAAUUGGAGCACCAGAAUGUGGAUUUAAUCCAAGUGAUCAAAGAGUAUAUACAAAAGGGAAAAACAAAAAUAAAAAUAAUAUUAAUACUAUGGAAAUUAAAACGUAA